CGCCAAUUGUAGCGCACAGUGAGGCGCGCGGAGCGAGUUCGGUGGCGCGCUGCUUUCCGGCACCUUGAGGAGACAGCCAGCCUUUGCGAAGGCUCCGCGCGGGAGGUGGCUGAGCGUCUAGAGAUGCCUGGCGGCGGUACCUCGUGUACCCGGAAGAGAAAAAGAAAUUGGGAUAUAGAAUACCCAUCCUUACCUGGAGGGAGUCCACUGAAGUUCAGAAGAGCAGGUCUCAGGACAGUGGGGGCAACUGCCUCUCUCUCUGAAGCAUGGCUCAGGUGUGGAGAAGGAUUUCAGGACACUUCUGGGACCCUGUUGUUAACGGCUGAAAAGAAGAUUGUUACAGAGAAGCACCUUGAAUUAUCCCUGAGACCCAAGGAAGAAACUGCUGCAUCUAAGAGUACCAGUGGACUUACAGAUAUAACAUGGAGUUCCAGUGGAAGUGAUGUGUCAGAUGAGGAUAAAACACUUUUUAAAUCACAAAGAGAUAAUGGACAUAGUUCUAGGAUAGACAGAUUUUCUAAUAGGAACAAGAAUAUUUUAUGUACAGAAGAUGGGGCCAGUGAAGAUGAACUACAGUUUAUUGACUGGGAGAUUGACAGUGACAGGGAAGAUACUAGUGAGUAUAAUGAAUUUGAAGACUGUGAGAGUGUUGUGGAAAUAUCAGACUGUGCUUCUUGUUCAAGCAAUCAUUCUUCAACUAGUGAAGAGGGGUUCUCUGAGCUCUUGAAGAGAAGUUCUACAGAAAUUUUGGAAUAUUCAUCAGAUAGUGAAAAGGAAGAUGACUCAGAGAAUGCCUUGUUCAUUGAUUCAGAAUCCUCUCCCAAAAACCACAUGGAUUUUGGAACUGAUGUUAGAGAGGUGAUGGAGAGACCAAUAAGGCGGAAGGUGAAAUCUGCAGAGACCAUUUUGUACAUGCCCCAGAAGCAGACGUUUCCCAGGACUCCAGGACCAUCAGCAAAGAUGAAGCUUCUAAGAGGCGGGCUAGCAGAAAGACUAAAUGGACUGCAAAAUCGAGAGAGAUCUGCCAUUUCUUUAUGGAGACAUCAAUGUGUUUCUUACCAAAAGACGCUUUCAGGUAGAAAGUCUGGCAUAUUAGUUGUGAAAAUUCUAGAGCUGCAUGAGGAAUGCACCAUCCAAGUUGCUAUGUGUGAGCAGUUCGCAGGGAUGCAAGCCGACAGCUCUUCUCUAGGUCAGGCCCCCAGGACUGGACUGAAGGUGCUGUUCACCAAGGAGACUGCUUGCCAUCUCAGGGGACGUCCCCAAGACAUCAUCCAUAUUUACCCUCCCUGGCAAAAGCUUGUUAUCCCAAAUGGAAGUUGCCCUGUUAUUCUGAAUACUUACUUUUGUCAGAAAAUUGUCACCAAAGAAGAUUCAAAAAUAAUACGUGAAGUGCACUGUUGGGACACACCCCUUCCAAGAAGAAGUAUCACUUUGGCCCAGAUGUUUAUAUUUAAGAAUCUAACAAUUAAAUCUCCUGAAGGCCAGGUUAUGUGUAGUGAUCUCACUACCAUGAGGACAGAAUGCACCCGUGGACAUGAGGAAACCAAGCAAUGCUUCCCAACUCAAGCUCCCCUGAGGGACUCUCUUCUGGAUGCAGUGGAAAGCCAGGGAGCUGCCCCAUGGUCAGGAGUCAAGGUCCGAGUGGUGGUACAAAGAGUUUACUCUCUUCCCUGCAGGUAUCAGCAGGGAGGUGGCUCAGCUGUUCCACCGGGCCCAGACCCAUCCAGAGCUCGAGUCUGCCUUCUCGUGCAAGAUGCCUAUGGAAUGUUCAGUGAAGUAUACUCUGAGGGCGCCAUCUUGAAAGACCAACAGUUGGAAGGGAAAUCCUGCAGCCUGAUGGGAAUGAAGGUUCUACAGAAGGCUACCAGAGGAAGGACAGCAGGGCUUUUCAGCUUGAUUGACACCAUGUGGCCUCCAGCCAUGCCUCUGAAAGCACCUGGCCGUGGCCAAGCCCAUGAAGAGGUAGAAACUCGUGUGCCUCCUCCUAGCUUCUGUUACAUCCUCUCUGCUCAUCCAAGUGUGGGACGGAUUGAUGUCAUAGAAGAAGACCGCAUUUCUAAGCUUUACCAACCUCCAGUUACCCGCUUCUUAAGAGAAAUUCUUCAGACCGAUGACCACAGUACACGUUGCAGUUUCUAUGCCAGAGUGAUUUAUCAAAGAUCACAGCAAAGGGAGAUUUGGCUGAUGGUGACUGAUGUCACCCUGCAGAUGCAGGAUGAGAAUAACUCUGGCCUCCCCAAAACUGUACCAGUCUGUGUGGCCCCCUCAUGUGUGCUGAGCCAGGAAGUCGUGGAAGCGCUCGCCGAGGCUACCCCUCACAGCUUCCUCUUCAGGGACACUCUCCGAGCCCAGGGUCAGAUUGUUUGUGUUGAACGAAGUGUCCUUUUGCUUCAAAAGCCCCUUUUGGGUAUGGCCUCCAGUGCUCCCUCCUGUGAACUGACCAGCCCUGUGAAGCUCAAUGAACUGGAUUCUGUCACUCAGGUCAACUCCAUUUGCAGCGUUCAAGGCACUGUGGUUGGUGUGGAUGAGAGCACGGCUUUCUCAUGGCCCACCUGUGACCUGUGUGGCAACGAGAGACUGGAGCAGAGCCCGGGAGACAGAGGCGCCUUUUCCUGUGGGGACUGCUCCCGCGUGGUCAUCUCUCCUCUUCUCAGAAGGCACUUGCAGGUGUUCCUGGACUGCCCGUCUCGCCCCCAGUGCACAGUGAGGGUCAAGCUGUCCCAGGCCAGUAUUUCUUCGCUCCUGAGGUUCGCCGCCUGUGAAGAUGGGAGUUAUGAAGUGAAGAGUGUCCUCGGAAAGGAGGUGGGGCUGUUGAAUUGUUUUGUCCGGUCCGUAACCACCCACCCGGCUAGCUGCGUUGGAUUGGAGGAAAUUGAGCUCCUGACUGCAGGAAGAGCCUCUUCCCGACACUGCCCGUCGCCACAGGAGCUGUGAACUUUGUGAUGCAGCGGAGGUGGUGGUGGUUGGGGUAGUUAUUUGUUAACUACGGGCAGAGUGAGUGUACUGUAUGAUCUUGAAAUGGAACUUAGAUUUUUCUAGGGCAAAUGUUAGCAAGAUAAUUUUGUAAACUAUACCUCAAAAUGCUUUUUUCUACAGUUAUAUUUUACGACCUUUGUGCAAAUUCAGGAACAUGUCAUAUUAAAACUUAACUAAGCUUGAGGCCUUCAUUUUGUACUUCAUCUCAGGCAGUAUUAAAACAGCAAGAGAAAAAUUCUGCUCACUUGUAAUUUUUAAGUGUUUAAAACUGUUACUCCCAAAGUAUAGAUAAGUUACCUGCUGUGAUUCUCGCUAUACCGAUAGGCCUGUUUAAUCAUGCUGGGUACUGUGCACAGAGAGCCGAGAUUACAGACUCAAGAGGAGUGAUUGGUUAUUGUUGGCUUUGUUGGCAGAGAUUUAAAUUAACACGAAAUGAUAAAUAAAUUGUCUUUAGACAAUAAAGAUUUUGUUUCCUCCUUUAUAACAAGACAAUCGUGAUAGGCCACGGUUAAAUUACAUAAGAUAGACCCAGCAGUCCAGAGCAAGAAAGGGCGCCGAGUCCCCGCUUUAAUUGGGGGAAGGUGAACGGCUUGAUUUGUCCUGAGGAAGCUUCGAAACAUUUCAACGACCGGCAGGGCUGCUGCUUUUGAGGAGCGUUUUGACCGUCUUUUGCAUCUACCACAGAACUCUUAUGUUUACACCCACCCGGAAAACCUACUGGAAGCUGUACCUAAGGCCGAGGAAAGUGAAAGCAAAGUCCCAUGGAAGCCAAAGGCGACUCAGACAUGCUGUGCGGAGAGCCGGAUCCCUCCCCUCACCCCUCACCCCUGCAGCAGCCAACUGAAGUUAGGGAGCCCCUGGGGGCUCUUGCCUACAGAGGAGCCCCUAAGUCAACUGCAGGACCGGUCAUCCCGCCAGCCUCCUCCCCAAGUCCCGGAACUUCUCUGGGAGCACCUUCCACCGGAAAGCUACUAGUCUAGCACGAGUUCCUUUAUUCGUGCUUCCUCGAUCUGAGGCAAACAAAACAUCUGGAGGUAGACUCCGGCAGGUUUCAAAGAGCAAAGCAGAUCCCCUCUUCUAGGGAGCUCAGGUCCCCCCUCAAGGACACACACCUGAGUCCCGCGGCCUCCCCGGUGCCUAGCUGCACGCCUGGCACUGGAACGUGCCCUUCCCCAGCGAGGUCCUGGGGCCACCAGCAUUCAGGAGUCACUGUGACUACGGGAAUCGGGGGUGGUUUUAAAUGCUUCUUUAUUCUUACAAAUGCUGUAAAAAUUAAUAUAAAAAAGUGAGCAUGCUCAGUCUUUUCCUCUUAUCUACAAUACAAAGGGCUUGUCUGAAAAGUUUGUUUCCUUUUUUUUUUCUUUUCUUUUUUU